AAGAAAAUGACUGUUGUAGUUAUAGUAAUUGACUUUGUAUCAGUAGCAAGAGUUAAAAAAGGAUGCAAGCCUGUGUGCCAAGCUUAUGUUAAGGAAUAUAUUUUAGACAUAGUCUCUCCUGUAUUGCAGGAACUUUUUAUGUUCUUCCUAUACAGUAUGUUUUCUCCCAGAAAGAGAGAAAUCUCAUGAUUGUGAGGAAAAAGAGCUGACCAAAUCUUAAACUGAGAAUUAGUUAGCUUCUCCGGUAUAAACACCUUAGCUGUGUGCUCCUAUUACUGAUGAUGUGCUUUUCUUAAUGUAGAUCACAUCUGUUUUUGGCACAACAUAAUGUCAAAAGGAGCCUUUAACUAACAAAAGAACCAGAGUGGAGUUAGCUGUGGCAUAUCCUUAAUGCUGUGUGCACUCAUACUUAGGAAUCGCUUGCCUGAUAAGAUUUAUACCUAGUUAGUCAGGAAGGCCUAAUAGUAGUUUCCUGAGCUGAAAGCAACACUCCUGGAAACAGGGUUACUCUAGAAAAAUUGUAGCAGAAGAGACUAGAAGGUAAGUGCAGCACAAAUGUGAUAGAAGCAAGUAGGAGAUAAUGUUUUCUGUGGUAUUGUUAGUGGUUUCUUGAAAUCUUAAAGUCACAUUAAUCACUCUAAAAUAUUCAACCUGGUACUGUCCAAAAGUAUAGUUGUUUGAUUUUUAAGUGUAUUGCUGAUGGCUAACGGAAGAACCGGGUCUAAGCACUCUGGCAUCUCUUUAAAAUCAUCUCCUCCUGUUGUGGAUUCUUUGCUGCACAGAGGUCAUUAAGUAGCUGCAUGUGGACUGAUUAACUAAAAAUAUCUGCUGAGAACCUGAAGAAGAGUCAUGGAAUGCCAGAGUUUAAUCAUGUUACUCUAAAGGUAUUGAUCUCUUGACCAUCUUCUGCACACAAAGGAACAGCCUAGUGCACUGCAACAGUUAAUAUGCUUCUGCUGGUGCUGUCAGCAGUCCUGCUGACAUCAGUGAUAUCUAAAACAGUAAACAAAAAGCAGCCAUGUCUGUUCUUCCUGUACUAGGGGAAUGAAAAUAAAAUGCUAGUCAGAUGGAGAGCAGCGAAGCUGACAAUCGAAGGAAAGUGGAACCGCCCCUUGGAGGUCAUGAUCCUCGCACAGCAGUUCAGCUGAGAAGCCUCAGCACUGUCUUAAAGCGCCUCAAAGAAAUCAUGGAGGGGAAAAGCCAGGACAGUGACUUGAAGCAGUACUGGAUGCCUGAUAGCCAAUGCAAAGAGUGCUAUGACUGCAGUGAGAAAUUCACCACCUUCCGGCGGAGGCACCACUGUCGACUCUGUGGGCAGAUCUUCUGUAGUCGAUGCUGCAAUCAGGAAAUCCCUGGAAAAUUCAUGGGCUACACAGGGGAUCUCCGAGCCUGCACUUACUGCCGCAAAAUAGCCUUAAGCUAUGCACACUCCACAGAUAGUAACUCCAUUGGAGAAGACUUGAAUGCUCUGUCAGAUUCUGCAUGUUCUGUAUCAGUACUGGAUCCUGGUGAGCCACGCACACCAGUCGGGAGCCGGAAAGCUAGCCGCAACAUCUUUUUGGAGGAGGAUCUAACCUGGCAAAGUUUGAUUCACUCAGACUCUUCAACUACUACUUUGUCAACGCGACUUGGGUCUGUCCAGGAGGAUGCUGGGAAGUCUCCGGCGAGGAACAGAUCAGCCAGCAUCACCAACUUGUCGCUGGAUCGGUCGGGUUCACCGAUGGUACCCGCCUAUGAGACGUCCGUCAGCCCCCAGGCCAGUCGCACGCAUACGAAGGCUGAGACCAGCGAGGAUGAGCGGAAAAUCCUUUUGGACUCAGUCCAGCUGAAAGACCUGUGGAAGAAAAUCUGUCAUCACAACAGUGGGAUGGAGUUUCAGGACCAUCGUUACUGGCUGCGAACGCAUCCUAAUUGCAUUGUGGGAAAGGAGUUAGUCAACUGGCUCAUCAGAAAUGGGCACAUAGCCACAAGGGCCCAAGCCAUUGCAAUAGGGCAAGCAUUGGUUGAUGGACGCUGGUUGGAUUGUGUCAGUCAUCAUGAUCAGCUCUUCAGAGAUGAAUAUGCUUUGUACCGACCGUUACAGAGCACAGAGUUCUCGGAAACCCCCUCUCCAGACAGCGACUCUGUAAACUCUGUAGAGGGGCAUUCUGAGCCAUCCUGGUUCAAAGAUAUCAAGUUUGAUGACAGUGAUACAGAGCAGAUUGCUGAUGAAGGAGAAGAUAAUUUGGCCAACUCCGCCAGCCCUAGCAAGCGCACUUCAGUCAGCAGCUUCCAGUCCACAAUGGACAGUGAUUCAGCCGCCUCCAUCAGCCUGAACGUGGAGCUGGACAACGUGAACUUCCAUAUCAAGAAGCACUCCAAGUACCCACAUGUGCCCCCUCACCCUGCUGACCAAAAAGAGUACUUGAAUCCUGACAACGGAGGGCAGCAGAUGUUCUCUAUCAGUGAUGCUUUUAUUAAAGAAUCGUUGUUCAACAGAAGGGUGGAGGAGAAGUCCAAAGAACUCUUUUUCACUCCGCUGGGCUGGCACCACAGCAAUCUGGAUCUGCUGAGAGAAGAGAAUGGGGAGAAACAAGCCAUGGAAAGGCUGCUCUCUGCUAAUCAUAACCACAUGAUGGCACUGCUUCAGCAACUUCUGUACAAUGAGUCCCUAUCACUGUCCUGGAGGGAUAUCAUUGUACCUGUGGUCUGCCAGGUAGUUCAGACUGUGCGGCCUGACGUCAAAAACAGAGAUGACGACAUGGAUAUCCGCCAAUUUGUCCACAUCAAAAAAAUCCCAGGUGGAAAGAAGUUUGACUCCAUGGUGGUGAAUGGAUUUGUUUGCACUAAGAAUGUUGCGCACAAAAAGAUGAACUCCUGCAUAAAAAAUCCCAAAAUUCUUCUGCUGAAGUGCUCAAUUGAGUACCUCUACCGAGAGGAAACGAAGUUUACCUGCAUAGACCCUAUAGUGCUUCAGGAAAGGGAGUUCUUGAAGAACUACGUACAGCGGAUAGUUGAUGUCAGGCCUAAUCUGGUCCUUGUUGAGAAGACUGUGUCCCGGAUUGCCCAGGACAUGCUGCUAGAGCAUGGUAUCGCUCUGGUCAUCAACGUCAAGCCACAAGUGUUAGACCGGGUAAGUCGAAUGACCCAGGGAGACUUAGUGAUGUCAAUGGAUCAACUGUUGACCAAACCACGUUUGGGAACCUGUCAUAAAUUUUAUAUGCAAGUAUUCCAGUUGCCCAAUGAUCAAACAAAAACUCUCAUGUUCUUUGAAGGAUGUCCCCAGCAUCUGGGUUGCACUAUCAAGUUAUGUGGUGCUGCAGAGUAUGAGCUGGCUCGUGUGAAAGAGAUCCUGAUUUUCAUGAUCUGUGUGGCUUACCAUUCCCAGCUGGAAAUCUCUUUCCUUAUGGAUGAGUUUGCCAUGCCCCCUACUCUAACCAAGAAUGCCUCAUUUCACUCCCUUAUUGAGGAGCCAGGAGAUGAAAGCGAACAUCAGAACCUUUUCAAUGGAGAGGACUUCAGCACAGCAAUCGGAGACAUUGAACUCUCUUCUGACAAACUUCCUGUCAUUUCUGAGUCAGUGUCCUCUGAUGAAGUGAGCUUGGUUGAACAAAGGGGUUUAUUUGAGAGAGGUGACCAAGAGAGCAGUCAGCAAGAAACAGUGUGCUCAAAACAGCAAGAGCACCACAAAAUAGAGUCAGCGUUUCCAGUGUUCAACUCUGUACCUCCUGCAAUACCUGAAACAUCCCUGCUGCCCCUCCAUGGCAUGGACCAGCACUUGGUUACUCUGGAUAGCCAGCCACUAGAGCCUCUGCAACAGGCAGAUGACCUGCAGGAGUCAAAGAGUCAGAUGAGAGUCUUCAGAGACCCUCUCCAGGAUGAUACUGGCCUGUAUGUCACAGAAGUGGUGGCUUCUUCUGAGGAUCGUCUCAAGACUUAUUCUGCUGCGUUUAAACAGGAGUUGAAAGAUGUUAUUCUCUGCAUUUCUCCUGUUAUGAUGUUCCGUGAACCAUUUCUUUUGACAGAAAAAGGCAUGAGGUGUCCUGCCAGGGAAUACUUCCCUGAGCAGGUUUACUGGUCCCCUCUCCUCAAUAAGGAAUACAAGGAGUUGGAGAGCAGAAGGAAGAAGCAGUUAUUGCGGGAUCUCUCUGGACUGCAAGGAAUGAAUGGGAGUAUCCAAGCCAAGGCUAUCCAAAUUUUACCUUCCCAUGAGUUGGUUAAUACUAGAAUAGCUGAGCAUCUAGGUGAUAGUCAGAGCUUAGCCAGAAUGCUGGCUGACUAUCGGGCCAGAGGAGGGAGGAUACUGCAGAAAAACAUGGAUCCCUUUGCCCAAAGUAAGGAUGCAUCCAGUGUCCCUACUGGAAAAACUGGUUACAGAAUUGAAGAGGAUGAGAAGGGACUUGCUCAGAGUGAAUCCUCAUGGUCUAAUAAGGUGGACUGCCUGAGUCCAGUAAACCAUCAGAGGCUCUGUGUUCUCUUCAGUAGCUCUUCCGCUCAGUCCAGCAAUGCUCCGAGUGCCUGCGUUAGUCCCUGGAUUGUGACCAUGGAGUUCUAUGGGAAAAAUGACCUCACUCUGGGUGUGUUUCUGGAGCGCUACUGUUUCAGGCCUUCCUACCAGUGCCCCAGCAUGUUCUGUGAAACCCCAAUGGUGCACCACAUUCGUCGCUUUGUUCAUGGGCAAGGCUGUGUGCAAAUUGUGUUAAAGGAGCUGGACUCCCCAGUCCCUGGAUAUCAGCACACGAUUCUUACCUACUCUUGGUGUAGACUGUGUAAACAGGUGACGCCAGUUGUCCCACUUUCCAAUGAUUCUUGGUCUAUGUCUUUUGCAAAAUACCUUGAGCUGAGAUUCUACGGGCACCAGUACACUCGAAGGGCCAAUGCAGAGCCUUGUGGUCACUCCAUUCACCAUGACUAUCAUCAGUAUUUUUCCUACAAUCAGAUGGUGGCAUCUUUCAGCUAUUCUCCAAUCCGUCUGCUUGAAGUGUGUGUCCCACUCCCCAAAAUCUACAUCAAACGACAGGCUCCAUUAAAAGUUACUAUUUUGCAGGAUCUCAAGGACUUCUCUCAAAAAGUGUCACAAGUGUAUCUUGCUGUUGAUGAUCGCCUUGCUUCUCUGAAAACGGAUACUUUUAGCAAAACAAGAGAAGAGAAAAUGGAAGAUCUCUUUGCACAGAAAGAGAUGGAAGAGGGGGAGUUUCGGAACUGGACUGAGAAGAUUCAAGCAAGGCUGCUUUCGUCAUCAUUAGACACACCUCAACAGUUGCAGUCUGUUUUUGAGUCUUUGAUAGCUAAGAAGCAAGGUCUCUGUGAGAUGCUGCAAGCCUGGAAUAAUAGGUUGCAGGAUCUCUUCCAACAAGAGAAAGGGAGAAAACGUCCCUCAGUGCCACCCAGCCCUGGAAGGCUAAGGCAAGGUGAAGAAAGCAAGAUCAGUAGCAUGGAUGCUUCUCCACGCAAUGUUUCUCCAGCACUGCAAAAUGGAGAGAAAGAGGAUCGUUUCCUGACCACUUUAUCCAGUCAGAGCUCCACAGGCUCCACUCAUCUUCAACUGCCCACCCCUCCAGAGGUUGUCUCAGAACAGGUGACCAGUGGCUCAUCCUUUGCCAACACGCUUUCUGAACAGGACACAACCAGCAGCUCAGAAGAUGUGUUUGAUGGACACUCGCUGGGAUCUACAGACAGCCAAGUGAAGGAGAAGUCUACUAUGAAAGCUAUUUUAGCCAACUUGUUGCCUGGAAACAGCUAUAACCCCAUUCCAUUUCCCUUUGACCCGGAUAAGCACUACCUAAUGUAUGAACAUGAACGUGUACCUAUUGCAGUCUGUGAGAAAGAGCCAAGCUCCAUCAUAGCUUUUGCUCUCAGUUGCAAGGAAUACAGAAAUGCCCUGGAUGAGUUAUCCAAAGCAUCUCUGAAGAACAGUUCUGAAGAAGGACUCCAGCCAAACAGCACGUCAGACAACAAACCAAAGAGCAGUAGUCCUGUCCGCCUACCUGAGGCAAACAUGGGUCCUUCAAAUCGCACUGCAGAACCAGAACAAUCGAAGAAACCGUCUGGUGUUCUGUCUUUCUUCCGUGGCACGGGAGGGAAGAGCCCAGACCUCUCUUCCCAGAAGAAAGAAACCUUGCGUGGUGCUGACAGUGCCUAUUACCAGGUUGGACAGAUGGGCAAAGAGGGAGCAGAAAACCAAGGAGCGGAACCUCAAGAUGAGGCAGAUGGAGGAGAUGGGCAGAAGAAGCAGCUGGUGAAUCCCCAUGUGGAACUCCAGUUUUCAGAUGCAAAUGCAAAGUUCUAUUGCCGGAUUUACUAUGCUGGCGAGUUUCACAAGAUGCGUGAAGUGAUACUGGGGAGCAGCGAAGAGGACUUUAUCCGCUCUCUUUCUCACUCAAUGCCCUGGCAGGCACGAGGUGGCAAAUCUGGAGCUGCAUUCUAUGUGACUGAGGAUGACAGAUUCAUCUUGAAGCAGAUGCCUCGUCUGGAGGUCCAGUCAUUCCUCGACUUUGCUCCACACUACUUCACUUACAUCACUAAUGCAGUUCAGCAGAAGAAGCCUACAGCACUGGCCAAAAUCCUUGGAGUCUAUCGAAUUGGCUACAAGAACUCUCAAAACAAUACUGAGAAGAAGCUGGAUCUGCUUGUCAUGGAAAACCUUUUCUAUGGACGGAAAAUGGCUCAGGUUUUUGACCUGAAGGGCUCCCUACGGAAUAGAAACGUUAAAACAGAUACGGGGAAGGAAAGCUGCGAUGUUGUCCUGCUGGAUGAGAACCUUCUGAAGAUGGUCCGGGAUAACCCUCUGUACAUCCGUUCCCAUUGCAAGGCUGUGCUGAGAGCUUCCAUACACAGUGAUUCUCAGUUUCUCUCCAGCCACCUCAUCAUAGACUAUUCCCUGCUCGUGGGUCGUGAUGAUACCAACAAUGAGCUGGUGGUUGGGAUCAUUGACUAUAUUCGCACCUUUACCUGGGACAAAAAGCUUGAAAUGGUGGUGAAGUCGACUGGCAUCUUAGGAGGUCAAGGUAAGAUGCCAACAGUGGUGUCUCCAGAACUGUACCGGACCAGGUUCUGUGAAGCUAUGGACAAGUAUUUCCUGAUGGUACCAGACCACUGGACAGGGCUGGGCCUGAACUGCUAAACCCAUAUUGGGAAAGCACAAGAAGAGAAUAUUGUAGACUGCUCCCUUCCUGCAGUCUCCCCAGCAGUAAGCAAAAGGAUUGCAAUUCCAUGUCUGCACUGACCAUGUGCAUCUGAAGUGUAAGAUCUGCUGGUUGCACUUUAAUCCUCUCUUGAAGACUGGCAAGUGAGCCAGCCUCUUUAAGGACCCAAGCUAUAAGGUACCACUGAAGAACAUUGAUAAGAGACCUUCCCCCUGUCAGUAGGGAAGGUGAUGCUAUCUCCAUACAAGAGCACUGAAAAAGAUGCUAUCCUGCUCAUGAUGGUGUAAUUUUGCAUAGAAGUACAUGAUCUCUGUAAGUCUUACACUCUGUGUGGUGUUGAAUGAGUAACUUAUGCUUCUGUAGUGGAUGUAUGGCACUGCAAGUGUGAAAUAAACCCCUUUUCUGUGGGCGAGUGAGAGAAGAAUGAAGUUAACUCCAAAGUUCUGCUAUGAUUGCAGUGGUUUUUAGUUGACCUGUUUAUGAUCCAUGAGUAGCUUGUCCUGCUUAUGCUCUGUGGUUUCAACUUUUUCUAGCUUCUAUAAAAAAGUACUUGAGGGUGGGGGUGUGUGCAUGUGUGUAUAUAUACUUUUUUAAGGCAGCUCCAUUACUAUAAUGCCAUAACCCUCUAAAUGACUACAUCUUUUAAGUGUAUUGUACUGCAGUGCAACUCUGUCCUCAUCAGUCAUAAUUCUGCUUAGCUGAGUCCCAUAAAAAUAGGUUAAUAGUCAUCUGUACACUGCAAAACUCAAAAUGUAUUGCUUGGAUCCUAAAAAGUAGUUUGAUCUAAAUGUUGCCCAAAUCCUGGGAAGUGGGUAAUUUAAAAUCUACCAGUCUGUUUAAGCAGGACUUGAGUAUGUAUAGUUAUGAAGCUGGUUAACCCUUUGCUUAGCAGAACACACUAAUUUGCAAGAUGUAGUGAAGGACGCUGACUCAUUGAGUGACAACUUUUUUCUUACUGAUACUAACGUCCGUGGCAGAUCAUUUCAAAUCCAUUUCAGUUCCCCAGGACUUUCAAAUAAUGCCUUUACCUCCUACUCAGACCUUGCAAGGAGAGAAAAAGGUUUUAUUUCCUUGCAUUCAUGACAUUGAUGAGAAUGAGCAUCCAGAUCUCAUCACCCUGUCUUUGCAGUCCUGAUGGAAAAUUGUCUCUUCAGCAGUAUUAGAUUUUUGCACCACUGAGAUGAAUGUUCUUUUUUUUUUUUCCUGUAAAAAGGAAAACCUGAGCUAGCAAGUAUCUUGUGUGAUGGAUAAGAUGUGCAGAGAUCUGUGAAUCUCUAUAAUAUGACAAUAAGCACUUCUUUCCAUUUUUAUUAUUUUUUUACCUGUUUUUGUAGGUGACGAGUUUACUUUUUAGCUUCAAUAUAAUAAUAUAGGCCAGUAAAUAGUUUUUGUAUGUGAGUUUGAGGAGCAAGAACACUGUCCUUGGAUUUCUAAUCUUUCAUGUAGACGGGAUUUCAAAUGAGCAUGGAGUCUAAGAUAGCUGAGCCCUUUAUGACCUCUUGCUCAUUCUGGCCAGUUGUUUGGUAAUGCUAGUUUUAUUGUAACUGGAGAUUGAAAUGUGCAUUUUGUUCACCCCUACUUCUGUGUUCACUAUUUUCUUCUGCAGCAGAUGGUGGUGGCCCUAUUCAGGUGUGCCAGCUGGGCAGCACUGAGAGAGGAAAAUGCUGACAGUGAGAACUGAGCUAUUGGGCUUUGAAAACAGCCCAUACAGCUCAGGUGUGAGCUGCCAGGAGGCAAUGCUCAUUUGUGUUCUCUAGUGAAAAAAGUUGUUGGUUUUGCUUUGUUUGUUUCUCUCCAUUCCCCCUCCCCCCUGCAAAGCCCAACUAGAGGAUGAGAAAAGAUGCUGACCUUGAAGCAUCUUUUGAUGCCUGAUGCUUGUGAUGUUUGAAUGAAAGUGUUUGCACUUCCUCUGCUCAAUGCAAUCUCUUUCUGGGGAUGCCGUACAGAGAGCUGCAGUGAUGCCCUGUGUUGUGGAGAGAGGACACAGUACUGCUUGGUUCCUCUGGCCCAGAGCCCCUCCAAUCAAGCCAGCUCUUCAGGUGCAACCAGCUGCCUCUGGAGCACAUCUUGCCUCCUGUGUUGAAAUGUAUUCGCAGGAUGGCUAGCUGUGUGCAGGGCUUUUCUGGUCUUGUAUAAUGAGGAACCAGCCUGUCCAUCAGCUCAACACUACUUUCACUUCUGUGACUUCCACCUUCUGUCUUGGUCCAUCGAUGUGGAAGAAAACCUGCCAUGCAGCCUGAAUCUGUUCUAGUCUCAAUUCAAGCUUACGUGUGUUUCUCCUCCUUCCUUUCCUAAAGUUUAUACCAUGGAACCUUGACUUGCCUGAACAGCUAAGGUGACACCACAGCAGCUGGUUAUGUUAUCUUCCCCCUCCAUCAGUAUGUGGAAUGAGUGAUGGAGCAUGGAUAUAGGCAACGUCAAGGCGUCAGCACUAGGCUGCUGUGGAGCAGGAUGUGCUAGCUAGCCUGUCACCAGUAGCCCUUGCUUUGGUGGUAUGUGGCUGCACUUAAACUGCUUGUGUUUCAGAGUCCCAGACAGCUGGUUCUGGAGCAAAACGAUCAUCCAAUUGUAGCCUAUGUUCCCCUGUACUGGCCAUGACAGCGUGAGGCUCUAGGCGCUGUGUGAAAUGAAAGAACUAUCCACCCUGACCAGCCUUUUUGUAUCCAGUGAACGCAGAGCCCAGAGGUGUGAAUUGCGACCUUGGGCUGAAGUCAUAGCCAUUAGAGGGAUUUUUCAGACAUGAUCUUGAGCUAGAAUCAGCAGCUAAGUUUGAGUCGGGAUGUGGCUGGUAGACUAUUCCUGACCAGACUGGAGUGCUUAGUAACUGUACUAGUCAUGAGUAACACAGCAGCUACAGCAUUAACAGGAGCUAGGACAUCUUUGGAUGCCUUGUAACAAAGCUGUGAGCAUUUCUUGCUAAAAUCCCAGCAGUUGAACAAAUCUUCCCAAAUAUUCCCUUCUUAGAAUGAGAACCAUCCUGGCAUUUCACUUGCUGCAAAGCUGACUUUCUCCAAAGAAAAGCAAUACUUCAUGCAAAAGAUGUUUGAGAGAAGCCCUUCUUGUGGGGCUAUGUUAGGCCUGCAUCCUUGCAGCAUGCUGAGGUAUGUCUUAAGAGAGCAGUCUAGGUAUUACCUGAGCCCUUUGAUUAGUGUAAUCCUUUUUUUAUUUUGUUUGGAAACUAAUUUUUAUUGUUUGUGUGUGUAUGUAAGCAAAUCCCAGUUGCAAUAACAAAGACUUCUUCUCCCCCCCCCCCCAGCUACAUUUGCUCUUUUAUAUCAAGUUGAGGCCUUGUGGCAAACAUCUAAAUCUUGCAAAUCUUAUCCCAGUCAGAAGUGAUGACUGUUGAGUCAUGGCAGAAUGUCUUGCAGUGACUCAGGGCUGUGUUCUUGCCCCCCAAAAGCACAUAUGAGGGACUCUUGCUGGUUAAGUAGCACUGUGGGGCUCCGGUGGAGUUACCUGCAAAUGGGCUGUCCUCUGUGAGAACGAGCAAAACUGAAUCAAUUGCUCAUGAACAGGAGGCUGGACUAGCUGUUAUUCAAAGCACUUAAUGUACCAUAAUGUAUGUAUUUCUAAUCUAUCUUCGUUCAGCUGUAUUUUAUAAAAUUGAUGUACUGAACUAUUUGAGAGUAACUGCCUUGACUACUUGGAGAAUCAAAAUGUAAUGUAUAUAGAUGGAAAUACAAAUAAAGAAGCUAAAAUAUA